UAUGGCAACAGGGGAAGCAAUUAUGUUCAUACUUUAAUAGAACAGUUUCUUGUUAUCUUUUAAUCCAGAAAGUUUUGUGUUUCCUGUACUUCCGUCCUGUCAGACACAAUGUGCGGUAGGCUCGUUUUCACUCUCACACAGAUGGAGCUGGCAUUGUGAGGAGAUAACUCUUAAAGCAGUUGUAGCUGUGACUACAGGCAGGGAUCAGUUUUUUUAAUGAACAGCACCACCUACGAUGGCUAUGGAGGAAGACAGCUUUACUGCGCUUAGCCUUGUUCACAACGAAGUCAACACAUCCAACAGUACAACUUUACCGGGAAGUGUCUUGACAACCCCAAGUGACAUAAACAAUCUCAGUAAAGAGUUGUUCCAGAAACUGUCGCUAUCGACCAUUUUGUUCACCCUAUUGAACUGCGUAGGAGUUAUUGGCAACCUCUUCGUCUUCCUCGUGUACCUCAGGAAGUUCAAGACCAGCGCCACACGUGUGUUCGUGAUGACCAUGGCCAUGAGCGAUUUCUUGGUCAAUCUUUCUGCGCUUCCUGUGAAUCUCGUGUAUUAUCGCCACAUGUACACCAUCAGCAGCCCAGCUUUUUGUACUAGUACAUACUUGGUGCUGAGAAUCCCUGUCUAUAUUUCUUGCUUUGUGUUGGUGUGUGCGAGUCUGGAUCGUCGACGUCGCGUGUGUCAGCCUCUCAGACCUCAGCUGGAUGCACGACAAGCGACCUUCCUCUUGGUUGUACCAUUCAUCCUGUCCGCCAUAGCAACGUUUCCUUUUGUUACCUUCUACACAGGAAUGCAGUUUAAUACCACGACUGGUCUAAUUGUCAGAAAGUGCUGCUUUCAGAAAGAGACUCCGGGAAAAUUUGCCAAACUUGUUGAGGGCAUUGUUCUGGCAGUGUACUGUGUCGUCGGCCUCACCCUGUUGGUGGGUUCCUACGGUCACAUCCUGUAUCGAGUCAAGCAGCAGACUAAGAGACUUGGUCGGAACCUAAUGUGUGAUAUCGGUCAGCAAGAAACAGGCUUGUCCGGGACGCCAUCCCCAAUUUCAGGUAGAGAAUCAGAAGAUGAAGUCGAAAAUACAACAGAAGACUACGUAGAGUCACGUGACGAGGAGAGAUGUGUCGCUCGGACAGAGGGUGGAAAUGAAGAGCUCAAGGCAGAGGACCCCAAGAUGUCUGCAAGUCGGGCUCUACCAGCAAGACAUAGAAAGAGUGUCAGGGUACAUCACUCGAGAAAGUUUCUGACCUCAAAGACAACGCUUGUGAUGUUUGUCCUGACCAUCACAACUCUCGUCUGCCUCACACCUUAUAUAAUCUGGACAGCUUUACCUGAAACUGUUUACGAGCCAAACAGGAAGGCCUGGGUCAUGAACUUGAGUGUCACGUGCGUUUAUCUUCCGACCUUAAGAAGCACCAUCAACCCUUUCAUCUACCUGUAUUUUAAUCCCAAAUUCCGUUUACACUCUCGACAGUUUCUUAAUUUUGGGAUAUUUUACUUUCACAAGUAGCUUAUUAUGUCAGUCUCCACGUGCUGUCUCCAAGAUUUUCAAACAUACAAAGGCAAGGAAGAUUCCAAGUUGCAAGUCGACUUCAAAUAGCAAAGUUCAAGAAGCAAAUUUUGUAAUUCUGGACAAGGUUCUGUUUAAACUUUGAUAUGUUUACUUUUCGCCCUUUGCUGUGAAGUUGCAAGUCGACUAUCGAAACCAAGAGCGAAUGGAGAAACUGUAGAUCGGUGAUUACAAGAUUUGUUUUCAAGAUUUCACAAGCAAGCCAGCAAAGACUCCGGACAUGAGCCUUGGAUUGAGAUAUUCUAGCAGGAAGCCGUGUCUGAUAUCGGUGUCGCACACUGCCUGAAACUUUGUCUGAAUAUCAUUCCCAUUGUGCUGUCCAAUAUGGUUUAAUAUGUUGUAUAUAGUUAAAAAGUGAUUAAACGAACCUGAAUGACCUAUAACAAUAAAAUGAUUAUCUGACUCGUGUCAGAUAUGAGUUAGAAGCUUAUAUAAAAGCAUGAAGAAAUUUGUUUGUUGUUUGGGUAAACUGACGAGAGUUUCAUUUGUUUAGUGCUGUUGUACAGAAGUGGUAAUAUGAUUCCUUGUUAUCACAACAAAGAUACUUUGUAUAAAUGUCGUCUUGGGACACAAGCACUUAAUUCACGAGACGAUGAAUUAAUUCUUCAAAAUUAACACACGACAAAGGGACUAAAAUUAGUUAUCCUAAGCCACAAUCUGCUCGGAACUGAUUUAUAGAUUAUGACCUGCUUAAAGACAAUGGCAUUCACACCACAAAUUUUAUAGAGCUUGAGGACGCUUAAACUCUUUCAGUUUCUGUCGAAUGCUAAGAGCAAAACCCCGAGUUAGUAAAGAGUGCAAUGUUAAAAGUAUGACCUGUAAAUAGUUGAACUGUCGUUAACUUAAUGUA